AUGGGAGAUACGCUGCGCCUAGCAGUGGGAGUCAUGGGCAAUGCAACUUCUCUGUUGCUUUUUUCAGCACCUAUAUUAACUUUCUGUAGGGUCAUCAGGAAGAAAAGCACUGAAGAGUUCUCAUGUGUUCCUUACACCAUUGCACUGCUAAACUGUCUCCUUUACACAUGGUAUGGGUUGCCUGUCAUAAGCUACAGAUGGGAAAAAUUCCCUGUGGUCACCAUCAAUGGAUUAGGGAUUCUUUUUGAGCUUUCCUUCAUUCUCAUAUAUUUAUGGUUCUCUUCAGCCAAAGGAAAGAUGAAGGUUGCUAUCACAGUGAUACCUGUCAUCCUCGUGUUCUGCAUCACGGCAGCUAUCUCAUUGUUUUCUUUCCAUGAUCACCACCAUCGCAAGAUAUUUGUCGGGAGUGUUGCUCUUGUGGCCUCUGUGGUCAUGUAUGGUUCUCCACUAGUGGUUGUGAAACAAGUGAUAAAGACGAAGAGCGUAGAAUACAUGCCAUUCAACCUUUCGUUUUUCUCUUUCCUUUCAAGUUCUCUUUGGAUGGUAUAUGGACUACUGAGCCAUGAUCUCUUUCUCACGUUCCCAAAUCUUGUUGGCAUCCCCUUAGGGAUCCUCCAACUUGUGUUGUACUGCAUGUACAGAAAAAGAGGAAUCAAGGAAGAAUCACACAAAUGGGACCUGGAAAUUAGGAAUGAAGAGAAAUCCAAACAGUUGCAGCUAGUGAUUAACGACAGUAAUAAUGACAAAAGUUAACAAAAU